AUGGGGGAUCCCACCGAGGAAAACCAGGAAUUCCCCUUUAACGAUAGCUCUUCCGCUGGUUUUUCAAACCCUAAUUUCUCCCAAGGGUUACAAAGCCAUCAUGAUGUUCGUGUCUUUGGAUUUCAACAGUCUUCACUCGAUGAUCGUUUCAGUCAAUUGAAUUUAAACGACAUUGAAAACCCCACGAGGAUUGUUGGGUCGGAUUUUGGUCCAGCACCAAUUGGGUUGUUUCCUGAGAAUAGCUUCAAUGGCCGCCAUGUAUUAAGGUCUCUUCCAAGUCAAAACAUGGUCGUCGACCGAUCACCAAAUUAUUCUCCCAGUACUUUUAUCGAACACAACGUGUUCGACUUCGACACCAACACGCAACGAAGGACUCCGCCUUUCGAACGACCUUACAACCUGUGCGAUCCGAUGCGGUCCGUCAAUGGCCUCGGAUCUACUAUGAUGCGACCAUCAAUGCAUGAUCAUCAUCACCAACCUCUUCAUUCCCCUCCUCCUCGACAGCUUCCUCGAGAGAAUUCGAGUUAUUAUUAUAUUCCGCCGUUGACGGAGCUGAAAGCUGGGGAUAUUUGCACGGUGGCGAAAGAUCGAGACAGGUGCCUUGCCUUCCAGAAGAAACUGGAUAAUGAAGUAUUAACGCGUGGGGAAAUCGACAUGAUUUUCAUGGAAGUGAAAGAUCACUUGCAUGAACUGAUGGUUCAUCGGUUUGCCAAUUAUCUCAUUCAGAAACUAUUCAAAGCCAUCAACAAUGAACAAAGGACCCAGCUUCUUCUCUUACUCAUUAGGAGCCAUCAAAGGUUCUUUCAAGUUUGCACCAAUCUCUACGGGAGUCGGACAAUUCAGAAAUUUAUUGAGAUAAUCAACAUCCAAGAACAAAAAUGCAUUCUUCUGUCAGCUUUGAAACCUAUUGCUAUUACCUUGGCAAAAGACAGCAAUGGUCAUCAUAUAUUUGAACCAUGCUUGAAAAAAUUCUCGAGUGAAGAAACAAUGCAUCUUAUGGAUGGAAUUAUACAACAUUGUGUGGACAUUGCAAUUAACAAAAGCGGCUGUUGUGCCUUGCAACAAUGUUUGACCCAUGCCAAUGACGAAGUUAGUGGGCAUUUCUUGGUUCGAAUUGUGGCGAAUGCCUUGUUUCUUUCCGAGGACAAAUAUGGAUGGGGUUACCUUGGGUUACAUCAAUGA